AUGGCAGACCAAGUAGACGAACACGCAAACCUUUCCAAUACCCAAAAAAUUGUUUCUUCCCUCAUUGCUGGCGCUUGUGCAGGUGCCCUAGCGAAAACAACCAUUGCACCAUUUGAUCGAGCGAAAAUUAAUUUCCAAGUUAGAGUAGAUAAAUUUAGUUAUCGUCGUUGUUUUAAAUUUCUAAAAGAAUCAUAUCGAAAUGAAGGUUUUAUGAGUUGGUAUCGUGGAAAUUCAGCCAAUUUAGUUCGUGUCAUUCCUUCAGCAGCUAUUAAUUUUACAGCACAUGAACAAUGGAAACGUAUCCUUGGCACUGAUAAACACGAAAAAACUCCUGGUCGACGAUUUAUUUCUGGUUCUUUAGCAGGUGUUACAUCAGCAACGAUUACUUAUCCACUUGAUUUAGCACGUGCGCGUAUGGCAGUGACGAAUAAAACUGUGUAUAGUAAUUUAUUCUCCGUCUUUCUAAGCAUCCUAAAAAAUGAAGGUGUUACAGCUUUAUAUCGAGGUGCACUUUUAUCGUUAGUCGGUGUAUUACCAUAUUCUGGUUGUGUUUUUUUUACUUAUGAAUCGCUCAAACAUAUUCGUAUUGAUUAUCAUUCCCAUCGUCCCAUUAAUAAAGCUGAACGAAUGUUAUUCGGUGCUACUGCUGGUCUUGUUGGUCAAACAGUUUCAUAUCCAUUUGAUGUUAUACGACGUAGAUUACAAACUGCUGCUGUUAUUCGACCAAAUGAAGCAUCUUUAGGUGCUAUUGCAACAGCAAGUAAAAUAAUUCGUGAAGAAGGAAUCACACGUGGUUUAUAUAAAGGUGUAACAAUGAAUUGGUUAAAAGGACCAAUAUCUGUAGGUGUAUCAUUCGUAACAUUUGAUACCUUGAUAAAAUAUAUUCGUCGCUCGUCUUUAUUUUCUUAA